ACGAAAGUCAUUGAAAAUUUACGCCGAUAUAUCGUCUUACCGAGGAUGUUUAUAAUUACAAAAUCAGAUAAGAAAGAAAUGAGAUUUUUUCUUUUAUUAGUGAGCAUUCAGAACACCCCCAAAUUGGUGAAAGACCAGCUUUACCACAGGCAAUAUAACCGUUUAGAUCGUUUAUACCAAUGGAUCAAAAAUUACAAUCCGCUGUAAGCGAGUCGGCGAAUGUUGCAGCAAAACCUCCAGUACAACCAAAGAGACUAGGACCGGUGAUGGGGUUCGUUUCUGGAGGCAUUGCUGCAUGUGGUGCGGUUACUCUAACUAAUCCUUUUGAAAUCAUUAAAACUCGUUUUCAACUUCAGGGCCAGUUGACAAAGGUGGACGAAUCGAAAAAAAUUUAUAAAAGCGUCGGGCAAGCUUUUAAAUUGGUUGCCAAGCAUGAAGGAAUUCAAGGACUCCAACGAGGACUUGGAACUGCUUACAUAUAUCAGCUUUGCCUAAAUGGAUGUCGUCUUGGAUUUUAUGACCCCAUUCGUUCGUAUCUAAAUCGUGCCUUCCUUCAGGAUCCAAGGGGUAAUAACAUGGCUAUCAAUGUUCUUAGCGGUGCUGGUUCUGGUUUUUUUGGUGCUCUGUUUGGUUCUCCUUUCUUUUUGAUUAAAACCCGAAUGCAGUCGUACUCUCCCGCUUUCCCUAUUGGUCAACAGUAUGGGUAUAAGCACAUUUUUGACGGAUUCAAGCGAGUUGUUAGUGAAAGUGGGAUUCGGGGAAUCUUUGCUGGCGCUGAUGCUGCUAUUAUCCGUACAGUGUCAGGUUCAUCAGUUCAGCUUCCUAUCUAUAAUUGGGCUAAACGCAAUAUUGAAUACUACAACCUUAUGAAGGAGGGAACUCUUAAACACUUAACUGCUAGUUCAAUUUCCGGUUUUGGUGUAUGCUGCUGCAUGCAAGUCUUUGAUACGAUCAUGACUCGUAUGUAUAAUCAAAAAAAUAAGGAACUUUAUAAAAAUCCUCUUGAUUGUUUCCUCAAGACAGUCCGUGCAGAGGGAUUUUUCGCUUUGUAUAAAGGAUUUGGCGCUCAUUUAGCUAGAAUUGCUCCUCAUACCAUUUUCACGCUUACUUUUGCCGAGCAAACUAAUAAAUUCUUUUUGAAAUUCGCUAGAGAUUAGCUUCUCUUCUCUAUUCUCUUACGUUGAACCAUAAUCAAGAACUUUACAUAUGUCUGCAUUUUGUUUCUUCUUUUUUGCUUCGUAUUUACUAAAGCGAUUGCUUCUUUUUCAUCCUAUGGUUUACUCCCCUAGAUACAGCUUACUUUAAUUUUAAUAAGAGUUGUUUUAUUUAUUGUAUCUAAUAUUUACAACGUUUUUUUUAUUUUUUUUUUAUAUAUUCCUUGGUGACAAAAUCGCUACAUCAAAAACAACUAAAUGUGUUAAGCAGUGUCGAAACUUUUACGGAUUUAUCUAACUUCCAUAUUUUAUGCUAAUUUUAUAUACCAUAAUUUAAUUCUUUUCUUUUUUUUAUUAUUCU